UAGUAGACUUUUUAUAUUUUAGUUCCCCAUUAGCCAUUAUGGCUUCACUUUAUUUAAUUUUAGUUUUAGUGUCAGCGUUAGAUCCUGGCUUUUCCUAUGUUUUGGACGACGAGCCGAAAACAUUGAAAUUGCCGACGGAGUACCACUUCAUGGGCGAUGAGACAAACAUACUGGCUGGGGUCAUUAAACCUUUCGAGAUAUGGUACAACGGGAACAAGUCUCGCGUGGACUACUACGGCGGCACGGUCAAGCACUACUACGUCGGUGAAACCGAAUAUUUAUAUGGAAAACAGUUCACUAUUUACCCAAAAACGGACGAACAAGUGACCAACGAGUAUGUGUGCACAGAGGAAGAUUUAGACGGGGAGGCAAUAAACUUUUUGCCCACAGUCGACGGUUUCACAUAUGAAGGUCAAGUGACUUACAAUGACAAAGUUGUGGAUGUCUGGAAGUAUUUGGACGCUGAUAUUGAAAAGAAGACAGAGAAAACACUGUACGUUAUACCGCAUAAGGAUGGGUUCGACGUCCCCGUGUUUCGGGAGAGCAAGUCAAGCAACCUGUGGCUCGGCACGCUGUCGGGGCACGAAGUCUGGCGGUACUACGACUACUCUACCCCGCAACUACAACAACUGGAUUAUAGUCUAGAGCAAGCUUGCAAUGGGUCUGCAGUGACACUUUUAGAUGCCUCUGAUGAAACACCCGUACAGCUUGUGUCUCCAGAGAUUGAUGAAGCUUUCAGCAGUUAUGUUGAUCGUCACAACAAAAAGUACAGAAACAAUGAACAAGAAAACCGAAAGGAAAUCUUUAAGGAGAAUUGGAGACGUGUCAUGGAGCACAACAAAAAGAACCUGAGCUACAAGAUGACGGUAAACAAGUUCUCUGACUGGACUGAUGAUGAGCUGGCCAGCCUGAGAGCCACCAGACCCUCAACCCAGCACAUUGGGUCGGUGCCCUUCCCGCACACUGAUGAGGAGGUGGAUAAACUGGUCGAGGAGUUGCCCAAGUAUUACGAUAUGAGGAUCGAGGGUUUCAUCACUAGUGUCAAAAAUCAGGCCUCGUGCGGCUCCUGCUGGGCGUUCUCCAGCACGGCAGCCGUAGAGGGCGCUCUGGCACGCAGCAACGGUGGCAGGAACCUGGACCUGUCGGAGCAGUCUAUGGUCGACUGUGCUUGGGGUUUCCAGAAUACGGGCUGCGCGGGAGGAACUGUGGAGGGCGCCUACAAAUACAUUUUGAGACACGGACUGCCGACGCAGAUGGAAUACGGAUUAUAUCUGGAUGAGGUGGGUAAAUGCAAACUAGACAACAUGACGGAGUUCUACAACAUCAAAGGUUUCGCCGCCGUGCCCCGCCUCAGUGUCAACGCCAUGAAGGUGGCGCUGUACAAGUACGGGCCCGUCACUGUCGCCAUCAACGCUAACAAUGCUGUCAUGAAGUACAACAACGGGAUCUUCUUCGAUCCUACUUGUAACAACGAGCCUGCUAACCACGGCGUGACAGUGGUGGGCUAUGGGCAGCGCGAAGGCGUCGACUACUGGAUCGUGAAGAACUCGUGGGGCGAGGACUGGGGACAGGACGGGUACAUCCUGUUCUCCGCCACCGACAACAACUGCCACUUACUGGAGGACGCCUACUACCCCGUAGUCUAGUCAUCUCCUCCUCUAGCUUUGUUCGCGUCUACUAACUUUGUACUCUGAAGUUACAAAUCCAUUAGAGUAGGUAAAUCCUGUCUGAGAAAAAUCCUGGACCGCCAUACUUAAAAUACUUAGUAAACCUCCAUGUAUAUAAGCUCCUUAAGUAACAUUGUAUAGCUUCUAAGCGCACAGUAAGCAGCACCAUUACUAAGUAUACGACAUUUAUUUUGCGUAUGCUGCACCUGUAGUAAGUAGUAAUUUGUAGGCUCCUUACGAAAGUAGCUCAUUUGAGUAAUUAAUUUUUCUCCGUGUAUCAACUCUGAGGUUUCCGUUAGAGCGUUCUCUUCUUGUUUUGAUUGCUGCGUUCAUCGUUAGCCUGUGGAUUUCUUCUCACCGAGUUGAAUAAAUUUUUCCGUCUAUUCAUUUGCAGCAACUUCAGUCUUACAAAGUUAUCUAAUGCGAACUGUAUGUUCAUAUGUAAGCAGUGGCAGCUCUAGCGACUCCAAAGUCCCAGAAAGGAGAAAUGAGCCCUUCUUUUUUGCGUACGAGUGUCGAAAUAACUGGUUUUACAGACAAUCUGCCGAUAUCCAAACUUGAAAAAUGGAGACCAAAAAAGAUUUGUCUUUAGCAAAGUAAAUAUGGUCAAUAGUAAUAUCCAGCCAUCGACUAUCUAAUGACAAUGUUUAUUUCUAAUGUCGACACUCACCUUAGAAACCCUCGCUAACGCUGCUGCUGACUACAGAUGAUAUUAAAUACUCGUAGAAUAAGGAAAAGGGGAAAAUAACGCAUCUUUUAAUAUACUGAAAGCAUUAGCCUGACCAGAAAAAUUAAAAAAUACGCCAAGUUGCAGCAUUCUCAUUUAACCAAUAUCUUUUAGUAAGAACUAAGUCUCUAUAAUUGUGAUUGUGCUGUAUAAUGUUGUAAAAAUGAUAAGUAACAAGGUUUUUUAAUAUUUCUAGUCAGAUUUCCAGACGAAACUUGGUUAUGUCAAAUGGAUACUGAUUUUAUGUAAUAAUUGAUAAAUUUAUGUAAAUAUUGUAAAUACUUAGCGUAAAUAAAUUCCACACGUGUAGUCUA